AUGGGCUUCGCGGAUGCUGAAGGCGCGGGGGACGAGAGAGAGGCGCAACGCGACGGGGAGGUGAUGUCCAGAGAACGACACGGCGUUGCGGUAAACUACGAGUUGCAGCCCCGGGGAGUGGGUCGAGAAGGCGUCGAGGCGGGCGAUGAGGAGGGCGAGGGGCGAAUGGACGGGCAGGUUUCAGAGAAAAUGGGGGCACGUGAGGAAAGGGAAGAGGAGGGCGAAGCGGGAGGGAUAAAGGAGGCGGAGAAGAACGGGAGUGCUGGUUCGUUGCAACCAAAGUUGCGCGGAUACGAGGAGAGGGGCGAGGAGGAGGAGAGUAAUGGCGAGGAGGUGGGUGAGGAAUGUGGAAGAGGGGAGGAAGAGAGUGACGGCGAAAUUGACGGAGGUAGUGACGGAGAGAGGGAUGAAAUAAGGUCAGAGAGAGGAAGCAAUGAUGGUGAUGAUGACCAGCACUCGCGCGACAGGGAAAACGGCAGCCGUGCGAAAGGCGACGACGAAGGCGAAGUGGAAGAGGAGAUGGAAGAGGGCCGCACGGACGCGGAGAACGCGGACGAUGCGGACGAUGCGGAUGACGAGGACGGCGACGACGGCGACGGCGGCGACUUGGCAGCCGGGGCAGACGACCGCGACGGCGACGGGGACAACAGCGACGACGAUGGCGACAGCGUCGAAGGCAUCGCUUCUCGGAGUCUGGCUUUGGAGCAGCAGCGACGGAACGGGCUCGAUACCAUGCGCGGCGAACGCAGUGACCGUUGCAAUGGCAGCGGCGGCGGCGGUGGCGGCGUUGAAUCAGACGGUGAGGCUGCCGGGCCCGACGGGCUUGGCAACGACGAGGACGGCGACGAUGACGGCGACGACGGUGACGACGGGAAAAACGACGACGGUGAUGACGGCGAGGAUGACGACGACGACGACGACGCGCGCGCGCUUCGCGAGGCCGACGGCGCGUCAAGCGCGGGAGACAGCGCGGCGAGCGAGGCGAGCGCGUUGGAGGAGCUGCAGGAGAUGCUGCGGAGACGGAUGGGCGCAAGUGCCGGCGGCCGCGGCGGAGGCGGACACGAUUCCGCCGCCAGCCACGCGAGCUCGCUCUCCGCGCAACCCCGCCAGCAGCACCCGCUGUCGCCGCUUUCCGCUGCGCUCGAGGCAGCCUCCGCCGGCGCCGCGGUGGGCGCCACCCCCGCUCCUGGCGCCGCCAGUGGCGGUGACAGUGGCGCGGAGGGUGGUUCGGCUCCUGCGCCGAUGCUGCUGGGCCAUGCGCAGGGCUCGGCUCGAACUCAAUGGGCGGCGAAGCUAGCGACGAGGUUCGGCGAGCCGGAGCUGUUUGACCUGAUGUCGCCUCCCGUGUCUGAGGGUGGUUCGGUGGGAGAGUUGGAGGAUCGGAGCUGGGGAAGUGAGAGUGGGAGUGAUGGGGAGAGAGGGGGGGAGAGUGACGGGGAAGGGGAGAGUAUUCGGGGCAGUGUGGAGGAUAGUGUGGGGGAUAGAGAGAGUGUGGGCGAUGGUGAGAGUGUUACGGAGAGGGAGAGUUUGUCGGAUGAUGGGGAGAGGAGGACUGAGGGAGGGGGCGAUGAGGGUAGUGAGAGGUGGGGGGAGAGAGGGUAUGGUGAGGAGGAGGACGAGAAGAUGGCCGUGGGUGGGAGUGAGGGAGCAGGAGCAGGAGCAGGUGUCUUGGGAUUGCACGAAGUGGAGUCUAGCAGUUAUGUAUCCAAAGACAUGGCAGAGAAAAAGCAGCAGGAGGAACAGCAGCAGCAGCAGCAGCGGCAACGGCAGCAGAAGGAGGAGGAGGAAGAGGAGGAAGAGGAGGAGGAGGAUGUGGAAAGGCCCGAGUCGUGGCGCGGGUGGUGCUCUGCCGGUCACAGGCGCGUGGGCACGCUGGAAAGGAUAUGGGAAGAGGAGGAGAAGGAGGUGGAGGAGGAGGAAGAAGAGGAAGAGGAAGACGCAACAAGGAGUACGGAGGGCGCUGCUGCUGCGGUGGUGGUGGCUCCGGUACCGAGCGGUCGUGCGGUGACUGAAGAGGAGAGCGAUGGAGAGGCGGGUGAUAAGGUGACGGAGGUUGAGGAGACGGGAGGAGAGGGAGAGGAAGAGAUGGGAAGUGGUGGAAAGGUUGAGAAGUUGGAGGAUGGCGAGAGGGAUAAGGAAAGCGAGGGGAGGAGUGAGCGGGGGAGCGAGGAGGGGAGCGAGGUGGGGAGUGAGGUGGGGAGUGAGGAGGGAAGUGAGGAGGAGAGUGAGGAGGAAAGUGAGAAGCUGACGGUUGAGAUACAGGCGAUGCUGAAGAAACUUAAGAGGGAUUUUAAGAAGGAGAGCGAGUGGGGAGCGGGAGGGGAGGAGCAGCAGGCAGAGGAGGAGGCAUCAAUGAGCCCUGCAGUGCAUGUGGUGGUUAGCAGUCGGGAGGAGAGUGAGGGGGGGAGCGACGGAGAGAGUGAGGGCGGGAGUGAGAAGGUGAGUGAGACGAGGGUGCUUGGGACAUCAACAGCAGAGUCAACAGAGUCAACAGAGUCAACGGAGGAGCUCGAGCCAGCAGGGUCAGUAGAGGCGAGGGAGUCAACGCGGUCAAGAGAGUCGUCUCCUGGUAGGCCUGUUGCUGCUCUAGAGGAUUCCUCUGGGUCAAGUCUUGUGCCGGCUGCUGCGGCGGUUGAGGGGGAAGGGAAGGAAGACAUGGGGGAGAUGGGGGGAGAGAUAGGAAGGGAGGGAGAGGAGGAGGAGGAGGAGGAGGAGGAGGAGGAGGAGGAGGAGGAGGAGGAGGAGGAGGUGGGGAGAGAGGGCCAGUGCGAGGGUGAGGGCGAGAGGGCGAGUGAGAAUGGGAGCGAGAGUGGGAGUGAGGGGAGCGAGGAUAGGAGCGUCUGUGGCAGUGAAAGGGGGGAGUUGGAGAAGGAGGGUUCUGUUGUUGAGGUGAUAUCGAUUGGAGGAGGUGAUAGCGGUGACGAUGCAGAGGAGGGGAGUGAGGGGAGUGAGAAGGCGAGUGAGUGUGGAGGCGAGAGUGAGGGCGGGGAGAGAGGCUUGGAAGGCGAGAGGGAGGCAUCAGAAGGUGAGGAAGAGGGGGUGGUAAAAGGAGAGGAGGGGAAAGAGGGAGGUGGAAAAGGGGAAGAGGGGAGGGGCGAGGAAGAGGCAGCGUUGCCGAUGAGUGUGUGUGAGGGUGGGGAGGGCGGGGAGAGUAGAGAGAGUGGGGAGAGUGGGGGGGGUGGGGAGCAAGUGGUAGAGGCAGUAACAUCAGAGAACCGCAUGCCUGAAGCUUCCGAGGAAGCCAGUCAAGGUCAGGAUGAAAACGUCGCCGGUGCUGCUGCUGCUGCUGGCGCAGCUGAUGGGUCUGCAGAGGCCGGGGCAGGGGCAGGUUUGGAGAGUGCGGGUGGGAGUGGGGGGGCGGUGGUCGGGUGGGGAGGCAGAGUGGCGCGAGUGCUCUCCUCCUACGGGCCUGACCUUGAUCUCUUUGAGCUGCGCUCGCCUCCCGUCUCUGACUCCGAGCUCGAACGCUCCGAGUCUGGCUCGGAAGCAGGCUCGGACUUUGGCUCGGGGUCCGGUUCGGGAUCGCUUUCGCGGACGGCGUCUGGCUCGGGGAGCUACAGCGAUGAUGAGAGAAGCGAGGGGGGGUUCAGUGGGGGUUGUGGAUCGGAGGAUGGGGAGAGGGUGGCAGAGCAAGAGGCAGAGGGAGAGAGGGAGGUGAGUGUGGAAGAUAAGAGCGAGACUGCGGCAGCAAGAGCAGCAGCAGGACAAGAUUCAGCAGCGGGGCGGGAGGCGGAGGGAGGGGAGGCAAGGAAGGAAGCAGAGAGGGGGGUAGAGCCUUCUGUGAGGCCGGAGAGGGAGGAGGGGAGAGUGGAGGGCGAGGGUGCGAGCAAGGGUGAGAGUGCUGCUAUGGUCGAGAGUGGCACCACUGCCAGCGGAGAAACGAGUAGCAGUGGCGCCAUUGCUGCUGCUACCCAUGGCUUUGGUGCUGGUGGUGCUGGUGCUGCUGCUGCUGCUUCUGCUGCUGGUGAUGCUGGUGGUAGUGGUGUGAUUGUUACCAGUGGUGGCAGUGGUGCGUUUGGCAGUGGCUCGUGGGGGAACGCUGUGCCUGCAGGGGGGUGGCCUGUGGCAGUGGCGCCUGCUCCAAUGCCUCGAUCUAGCGGUCUCUCUGCGACUGAGCUCGACCUAAUUCUGCAUGCCAAUCCCGAGAGGGACGAUGGUUCCGGCUCAGGCUCGGAUGCUGAGCCGACUCCCAAGCUGCUCCGGCGAGGUGGACACGUGCCGGCUGCUGACGUGGCGUCUGCUGAUGUGGCAUCUGCUGAUGUGGAGGUGGAUGUGAGUACGGGAGAGUUGACGCCUGAAACGGUGUCGGAUUUCGAGUUGACUCCGAGGAUGGUGGUACAAAGGGGGGGGGAGUUGACACCGGAGUUUGCUUCGGACUCCGAGUUGACACCGAGGAACGGCGAGUUGACACCGGAGAUGACAUCCGAUGUUGAGUUGACACCGAGGGGAGGGGAAUCGGGCGGGGACUUGACACCCGAGAUGGUUUCCGAGUCGGAGUUGACACCGAGAAUGAUGGGAGAUGUAACGCCGGAGAUGACAUCAGAUGCGGAAACACCACCUGGGGGGCGAGAGGAGCGAGCAAAAAGGAGCGAUGACGAUGAGGAGGAGAAAGAUAGGAGGGAUUGGGCAGGCAGGAACGGAGGAGAGGGGAGGCGAGGGGGAGAGCGAGGGGGAGAGCGAGAGCGAGGGGAGUCGGAUGGGGACGAGGAGGACGAGGAACGGAGCGUACGGAGCGAGAGGAGUGAGCGCAGUGACCGGAGCUGGGAGCGGGAGAGGGAGAGAGAUUCUGGUGAUGAGUGGGACGAGAGGCGCAGCUGGGAUGACCGGCGCAGCUGGGAAGACAGGAGAAGCUGGGAGGAGGACGAGUAUAUCCGGAGACUGACCGAGGCAGAUGCAGAGGAGGAUAGGAGCAGCUGGGGGAGUAGGAGUGGGUCGGAGGAGGAGGAGGGUGAGGAGGGUGGGAAGAGGGGCAGGGUGAGGGCGAGGAGAGGGGAGGAGAGUGACGAGGGGAGUGGGUUGGAAGGGGGGAGUGAGGGUGAGAGAGGUUCGGACCAGGAGGUGGGGAAGGGAGGAAGAGGGAGUGGAGGGGGGGGUGGAGGUGGGUCGAUGGUUUUGCUGGGAGGGCUGGAAGCAGGUUUGGUUUGGGGGGAGGGCAAAGGGUCAGGCUCGGCAGGGUCCAUGUCUGGAGAAUCCGCAGCAGAGGAGUGUGAGGAUGGGGAGGAGGAAGGAGACAGGAAAGGGAAAGCGUAUAGGAGAGGGGAAGGGACAGCGCGAGAAGCAGAGGAGGAGGAGGAUGGAGUCUUGGGAGGAGAAAGGGGACAAGAAGAAGGAAAUGGCGAUGGGGAUGGGGAUGGGGAUGGGGAUGGGGAUGGGGAUGGGUUGAGUGCGUUGGAGGAUUGGGUGGGGAUGGGUGUGCAUGGGUUGGAGCGGCGGGGCAUGCGGCUCUCCACUGAUGGCUCCUGCGUGACUGCCCUGCGCUCCUCCUCCUCCCCCUCCUCCCCACGCGCCUCCCCGCCACACUCCCCGUCCGAGUCCCCGCCCCGCUCCCCGCCGUGCUCGCCCCCGUCGCCGUCACAGGCAGCGCUAGCUGCUGCUGCUGCUGCAGCGGCGGCACAGGGAUCGUCGGGAUCCGCAGCUGCUCCUGUCAUCAGGCUGGUAAGAUCACUUUGGAAAUUUCUCGAAGGCUCCAGCAGCGGGUCUAUAGGCGUUACAGACAGUCAGCGCUUGUCUGGCAGCACAUCGUCCUCGCACACCUCUGCGUCUCCUUCAGACCGCCCUGCAUCCACCUCCACCUCCUCCUCCUCCUUCACCCCAUCACCACUUGUGCUCUCUUCACUCUCCUCGCCCUCCUCCUCGGCUUCCCCACCUGCUGCUCCUUCCUCCUCUCUGAAUCGCAACAUAUCGCUCGACUCCAUCAUCCUUCUCUCCAUCCACUCCUUCCUUUUCGGGUCUUCCAUGCAGAGACCUGGUUCGCCCCAUUCCCCUCGCCUCCUGCCGCUUCUACCCCUCUCCCCAACCUCCUCCGCUGCUUCGGAGUUCACCGCCCCUUCCAAAUCUCUCUCUUCUCCCAAGCCCCUUGACAAGGCUGGGGUGAGGCAGGGAGAGGAAGCUGAGGGUCAUGGGAGGCAGGAGAGAAGGGAGAGUGAAGGCGGGGAUGUGCAAGAGAGUGCAGGUGCUGCACCUGGUGGCAUGGACGGCCCUUGUGUGUCUGUCACCCCUUCAGCGCUCCUGCUGCCUCUGCAGCGACUUGCGCUCUCGUCUGGGUGUAUUGACGCCCCUUACUCCACCACCUCCUCCUCCUCUUCCCCCGCUGCCUCCUCAUCCUCCUCCUCCUCUUCCGCUUCUUCUUCCUCUGUUGCAGCAGCAGCAGCAGCAGCAGCAGCAGCAGCAGCAGCAGCAGCAGCAGCAGCAGGUGUUGAAAGCGACGCUUCUGAAGCUUCAGGUACCGCCUCCCCCGCUGCUCCCUCCUCGCUCACAGCAGCGGAGAUCUCAGCUGCGGCGGCCCGGAUGGGGAUGUCGAGUGCUGUUGCGUCCGCACUCAUUCCCGCAGAAGCAGCUGCAGCGGCAGCGCACGGCACCGAGUGCUGCCAACCAGUGGGUUCCGCGCAUGAGCACGAGGCGUGUGCAACUCUGGAGGAACCUCCCGAGGACCGGCUGGAUGCGGCAAAGGCCUCUGAGCACAGAGGGCAGGAGGCGAGUGCAGCCGUGGAGGGACCUUAUGCUGAAGACCGGUUGGGUGCGGCACAGGCCUCUGAGCACAAAGGUCAGCAGCAGGCGAGUGCAGCUGUGGAGGGUCCUUAUGCUGAGGACCGGCUACGAGACACGGAGAGGCAAUUGCAGCUAUUGCAGCAGCAGCUGCAGCUGUUGCAGGAGCGGGUGGAAGCUACUACUCAGGCGUCCGCCUCUGCCCGUACGUUCCCUGUUGGCACACAGAGCUCUAGCAGCAGCACGGCAGCCACAAGCAGCGGUACAGCAGGCGCGCGCAGCACCGUGGCACCUGCUAGCAGCAGGAUCGGCGGCGGCGCGAGCGGCAGCAGCAUGGCGGCGGUGGCAGCAGGUAGCAGCGUGCUUGUGCUUCCGAGGCAAGAGAGCGGCGAGUUCAACUCGGAUGCGAGUGAGGGAGAUUCGAGCUCUGUGGAGGAGUGGGAGGACGCGCUAGAGGAGAGCCCCACUAGUGACUCUCUGGAGGCGCACCAGGCUGCGCACGGCAGUGAUGCGUUGGAGUCAGUGGAAGAGAGCGGUGCAGAGCGGUUGAGUGAGCAAGCGAGUGUGCCAGUUAGUGCGCCAGUGAGCGUGCCCGUGAGUGUGCCAGUUAGUGCGCCUGUGAGUGUGCCUGUGAGCGUGCCUGUGAGUGUGCCUGUGAGCGUGCCUGUGAAUGUGCCGGUGAAUGUGCCGGUGAGUGUGCCGGUUCUUUCAGAGCCGAUCAGCAGGCCAGUAAGCAGUCCUCCUGUCACUGGUGGCUUGGCUUCUGAGGCGACUUCAGAGGGGACGAUUAAGGCGACGAUCAAGGCGCCUCUUGAGGCGACUUCUGAGGCGCCUCAGAAGACGAGGCCGAUCAGCAGGACGGGGAGUAGCCCUCCCGGGAGUGGCGGGCUGGCAGAGUUGCUAGAGGAGCCGGUAGAGGACGAGGAGGAGGAGGGCGAAGGAGCGGAUCUGAGGAACGUGAUUCGAGCGCACUCCAGCAAGUGGACGCGACCGGAUCCGUCCAGGCAGGCAGCGCUGCUGCAGUCUAUUAUGGGUGGCCGCCUGGGCCGAGGCAGGAUUGCGAUACGCCGAGAGCUCUCCAAUGUGAUCUCUGAAGCCAUCUCGCGCAGCCACAGCAGCAGCGGCGUCACCACCUAUGAAGCGCCUCAAAACGCUGCUGCACCUAUAGCAGGCAGGAUUGCCAUACGGCGGGAGCUAUCGAAUGUGAUAUCUGAAGCCAUCUCGCGCAGCAGCAGCGGCGGCUCCACCACCUUCUUUGCAGAGGCCAGCCGGCUGCGCCUGCAGCAACGCUUGUCCUCCUUGCAUAGCUCUGCUUGGGAGCAGAUCCGGCCGAAGGAGGCCGAUGUUGCGGUUGAUGGGUCAAGUAGUGAGGGGAGCGAGGAGGAGGAGGAAGAGGAGGAGGAGGAGGUGGAGGAGGAGGAGGACGAGGAGGAGGUGGAGAGCAGGGAAAGCGAAAGUGAAGAGCAGGAGGUGAUGGGCGAUGAGGAAGAGGAGGACGAGGAGGAUCGGGAGGAGGAGGAGGAGGAGGAGGAGGAGGAGGAGGAGGAGGAGGAGGAGGAGGAGGAGGAGGAGGAGGAGGAGGAGGAGGAGGAUGAAGAUGAAGAGGAGGAAGAGGGCAGGAGGGCAGCGGAAGCAUCAGAUGAUGAUGAUGAGGUGUCGGCCUCCUCUUCCCCUUCGUCUGCGCUGCUGACUCCUCCGUCUGGAGAGGAUCGGCGCUUGGGUGGGAGGAGUGCUCUUGCUGCUGGCGCGGUGAUGGUGGCGGCAGGUGAAGGGAGCGAGGAUGAAGAGGAUGUUGCUGCUGCGGUUGCGGUGGUGGGGACGAGGUUCCGAGAGGAGGAAGAGGGACAGGAGGAUGUGGAGGCAACGGAGGAGGAAGAGGAGGAGGAUGAGGAGGAAGAUGCAGCAGCAGUAGCAGCAGAAGAGGAGAAGGAGCCAGCAGACACGAUUGAGGAGCAGAGGAGGAGGAAGAAGGAGCUUCGGGCAUUCAAGUCGAUGAUUGCACUGCAGAAGCACGCUCACCAGCGACAGCAGCUGCAGAUGCUGCAGCGGGUGCUGGGAUCCGUUUCUGGCUCUGCUGCCAAGGAACUGGCUGCAGCUGCUGCGGCGGCGGGUGUGCCGGCACCAGUAUUAGCAGCAGCAGCAGCAGCAGCACCAGAAGCAGUAGCAGCUGAAACUCCAGUGGUAGCGGCUGUUGCAUCUACUGUUGGUGCUGAUGGUGAUGCCGAUGCUGGCAGUGGUCUGGGUGCGAGACAGGUGGGAGCUGGAGAAAGCGAUUUGGCUUCAACACGGCAUGGCCGGGAAGGAGGAGGCACGAUUGAGGAGCAGAAGAGGAGAAAGAAGGAGCUUCGGGCAUUCAAGUCGAUGAUUGCUCUGCAGAAGCACGCUCACCAGCGACAGCAGCUGCAGAUGCUGCAGCGGGUGCUGGAAUCCGUUUCUGGCUCUGCUGCCAAGGAACUUGCUGCAGCCGCUGCUGCAGCGGGAUUGCCUGCAGUAGCAGCAGCAGCAGCUUCAGCAAGCCGUGGUGCCGGUUCAGGGGUAGAAAGCAAGGGGAAGGCCGUUGUGGGGGGAAAGGAGGGCGAGGAGUCCCGACGAGGAGAGGGGAUUUUCAAUGCAGAGACGCGGGAUCUUGGGGCUUCAGGGCUUCGAUUAGGGGCUCGUUUGGGAGGGAUUGCGAGCGCACCGAGCAGUGGUCGUGGCGGGGCGGACGUGCUGACACUUGAUGCUCAAGAGGCGGAUUCAGACGAGGAUGACGGAGAUAGAGACGGGGACGGGAAGCAAGAUGGGGACGGAGAAGAGCAGCAGAAACUUCCUGCAGCAGCCACUGCUGCUGUUCUCCUACAAGUGGAAAUGUAUGAGCCGUAUGGACCUCUGGCCGCGCACAUUAAUUACAGCGGGCUGUCCCUGGCGGAAGCAACACUCACUCUUGCCAAGCCCCUCUCUACCCCGCACCGCACCGCGCUGCACCACACUGCACCGCACCUCAGCCCUCUCCCUCCGAACUCCCCUGCUGCUGCUGCUGGCCGGGUGACUGGUAGAUCUGUUGGCAUGCCCACCUCUCACUCUACCUCCUCCUGCCAGCACCAUUCUGGUGCUUUUGUCACUGGUGCGCCUGGUGCAUCCAACCUUGCUGCAGCUUCUGCUGCUGCUGCUGCUGCUGCUGCUGCUGCUGCUGCUGCUUCCACUGUGGCUCAUCGUGCCAUAAGUGGGGAGGGCGGUAGACGGGGAGGAGGGCUGCGAACGGGGGGAGUAGGAGCAGGAGCAGGAGUGGGAGGACCAGGAGGAGGAAGAGGAGGUCGCGACCUCGUCCGGCCGUCCACAGCACCGCCUGCCACCGUCGGCAUGGCGGCCGCUGCGGCCGUUUCUGCAGCCGUAGCAGCCGCAGCCGCAGUCGCCAUCGCCUCGCCUCUGUCCGCCGCAUCCACCCCGUCUCCCUUCUUCCAAGCAGCACCCGCCACGCUCUUUGCCUCCGCCUCUCUCUCCUCUGCCAUGGUGGAAUCGGACGCGCUGCCUCCGUGCUUUGAGGAGGAACAGGUGUGCCCAGUGACAGUCUUUACCCAAGCGCCGUCGCGCCCGCUAACACCGGAAGAGCCCUCGAGUGCUCACCGACGCGCCCCCUCCCCCGCCCCCUGCGCCCUCCCCCCAGGCGCAACCCCCAUGAAGCACCCCCUUCUAGCCGUCUUCUCUUCCACCCCCCAGUCCCAUUCCAUCUUCUCCUUCUCCUCCCCGCCCCACCUCUCCUCGCUCACUCCCCCCGAACGCACCUCCUCUGGUCCCUCCCCGCUCCGCCCCCCUCUCGGCCCGUCGGCCGUUUCCGCCACCCCGUUCCUCCUCUCCGACCCUGCUGGAUCCUCCGAGCCUAACUCUUCCUCCGAAGCGUACCGGCUCGCCGUGCCGAUACACCCGAACCAGGUGGACGUGAAGGGGUAUGAGGAGCAGCAGGUGUGCCCACUGUCGCGUGCCAACUCUGCCAAUUUGGAGACCCGGAGGGAGGAUGUGGAGAGUGUGAAGCAGGAGCUCAUGGCUGCUGGGUUUGGGUCUGGGAGGGGGCUUGCAGCUCUGUAUGCGAAGCAGAAGAGCUGGGGGUCGGGGCGCGGGUGGGAGAUUGGGGAGAGCCGGUUGGGGAAAGCGCCGUCGCGAUCGGAGAGGCGGAGAGGGGUUGAAGAGGGUGAGGAAGAGGAUGAGGAUGAGGAGGAGGAGGGGGAUGAUGAUGAGGAGGAGGAGGAGGAAGCGGAGGAGGAAACGGCGAGGAAAGGAGGGGAGGAGGAAGAAGAGGAGGGAGAGGAGGAGGAAGGGAGGUAUCACGUGAGUGUGCCAGGAGUCAGGGAGGAUGUUGAUUCCGAUGAGAAUGUGAAUGUGGACGAGGAUGAGGAGGAUGAUUCCGAGGAGGAGGCUGAGGAAGCUGAGGAGGAGGAGGAGGAUGAUGAUGAGGUUGAAACGGACCGCGGCAAUGGCAAGAGAGUGACUGCCACAACGUCUGCUCGUGCCCACGCUCCCCCGUGGUCCAGGCUUGCAACUCCUGCUGCUGCUGCGACCCAGGGCGUGGCCUCCAGGCGGCCUGCUGUGACGUCAGCGGCAGGUCGAGUGUCCGCAGAAGGGGAGGGUACCGGGGAGAAGGAGACACUGGUGACAGCCGGGAAGAACCUGCAGCAGCAAGGAGAUGCGGACUGGCCGCCCCGAUCGCUGUAUAAACGCAAGGUAACUGGGCGACCCAUCACCCCUCCCCGGUCCAUCCGAACCAUGCUGCUUGGUUCGGCAGGCGCUGCGGAGCAUGCUCCUCGUAAAAUCAAAGACUUCGUGCAGGAGAUGAGGGAGGAGGAGGAAGAGGAGGAGGGGAGGAGGGGUGUUGGUGGUGGUGGUAAGGCUGGUUUGGUGGACUUGGAGGAGGAAGCAGCGGCUCUUGAGAGGGAGCUUGGAGAGAUGAUGGAUAGGAGUGAGGAUGAGGAGGAUGAGGAGGAGGAUGAGGAUGAGGAAGAUGAGGAGGACGAGGACGAGGAAGAGGAGGAAGAGGAGGAAGGGGAGAAGCGGUCAGUCACGGGUCGUAGUGAAGAGGAAGUUGAAGAGAGCGAGGAGGAGGAAAGUGGUGAUGAGGAAGAGGAAGAUGAGGACGAGGAAGAGGAAGAGAAAGAUAAGGAGGAGGAGGAAGAAGAGGAGGAAGAAGCAGAGGAAGCGAAAGGAAAGGAGGUGGAAGAGUCAGGGGCGGGGAAGCAACAGGAGGAGGUGAAACAAGUUCAGGAGCAGAAGCAGGAGCAGGAGCAGAAGCAGAAGAAGCAGGAGCAAAGCAAGGCGGCGAGCAGCAGCCAAAGCCGGUACAUAACUCAUGAUGAGAGCGACGACGAUGACAGUGAGGACGGCGACUGGAGUGGAAUGCAAGGAGCCAACAUAGGCAGCAGCGCCGGUCUGCGCACUCGCCCCAGCGGCUCAGCCCACAUGUCGUGCUCCAUCCACGUACUCCCUAUAGACGACUUCGUUAUCCGCCACAGGCGCUGCCUGCAGCCGCAGUGCGGGCCGUACGGGACCUCCUUCAGAGGCGGCUCACACUCAGCCCGGCUGCUGCCAACCCUCUCCAUCACCCGAUCGGAAAUUUCCGAGAGGGAUUCGGUGGAGGGAGGGGAAGGAGGAGGAGAAGGAGGAGGAGCAGCAAGUAGAAGAGCAGCGAGUAGAAGAUCAGCAAGAAUCUUAGAGACUUUAGACGAGGGUUCGGUGCAGUGCACUGGGAUCAUGCACCAGGCCGGGCGGCUCGCUCCGGUUGUUUCUUGCCGGCCGUGCCGGCCGCUGUCGCCCAUCUGGAGCCGCCCGUCAGGGCGAUUGAGUAAGAGUGGAGUGGGGUCAGGGAGGGACGGAUCAGGGCUGCUUGUGUCUGGUUUGGUUGGGGAGCAAGGGGAGGUGGUGCAGCCUGUGCAUGUACGGACAGCGGAGUGGGUGGAGAGCGAGGAUUUCAAGGUGCAGUGCUUCUCUCUCAAGAACUGCGCGGAGCCUCAGCCCCGGUGCUUUGGGGGGUUGUGCCGCGUGGAUGAGCGGCGAGAGUGGUACGACGAGGACGAUGAGGAUGACGAGGAUGAUGAGGAGUGGGAAGGAAGGGGUGGGGAGCGGAAGGAGGGUGAAGGAGGGGAGGGUGGGGGGAAUGCUGCGCAGGAGUCACAGGUGCAGCACAAGAAGGAAGGCGGUGGUGACGUUGCGACGUCAGAGGCAGGGACACCCAAGGACCAGGAGGGUGGGAGCAGAGGGGGAACGCCCCGCGGGCAAAAGCGGACGUUGGAGGGGGGGGACGACGACGAUGACGAGCCGGAACCGGGUCGCUUGCUGCUUAGGAAUCGGGGGGCUGCCAAGUUUGCUUGUUGCAUCCGCCCUCGUGUUGUUGAUUGA